AUGCAGGCUCCGGUGGUGGUGAUGAACACCAACUCUGGUGACAGACAGGUCGGUCGCAAAGCUCAACUGUCGAACAUUACCGCUGCAAAGACCGUUGCGGAUAUCAUUCGGUCAUGUCUAGGUCCCAAGGCCAUGCUGAAAAUGCUUCUGGACCCUAUGGGGGGAAUUGUCCUUACCAACGAUGGACAUGCUAUUCUUCGAGAAAUCGAAGUGUCGCAUCCCGCCGCGAAGAGCAUGAUUGAACUCAGCCGUACCCAGGACGAGGAAGUCGGAGACGGAACUACGACCGUUAUCAUUCUUGCCGGUGAAAUGCUUGCCCAGGCCCUUCCUCAGCUCGAACGUAACAUCCACCCCGUCGUGAUCAUUUCCGCUUUCAAACGUGCCCUGGCAGAUGCGCUUGCUAUCGUGGAGGAGGUCUCGCUGCCUGUGGAUAUUGAUGAUGACAAGGCUAUGUAUACCCUGAUCAAGUCAUCCAUCGGAACAAAGUUCGUCUCUAGAUGGUCGGAUCUGAUGUGUGGGCUGGCAUUGAGGGCAGUCCGCACUGUGUCCUUCGAUGCUGGCGGUGGAAAGAGGGAAGUCGAUAUUAAGCGAUACGCCCGUAUUGAGAAGAUCCCCGGUGGCCAAAUUGAAGACAGCGAGGUUAUCGACGGUGUAAUGGUUAACAAGGAUAUUACCCACCCCAAGAUGCGGAGGAGAAUCGAGAACCCCAGAAUUAUCCUCCUGGACUGCCCUCUGGAGUACAAGAAGGGUGAAUCCCAAACCAACAUUGAAAUCACCAAGGAAGAUGACUGGAACCGAAUUCUACAGAUUGAAGAGGAGCAAGUGAAGCACAUGUGCGAUGCUAUCUUAGCUCUGAAGCCUGAUGUUGUCAUCACCGAGAAGGGUGUCUCUGAUCUCGCACAGCACUUCUUGAUGAAGGCCAAUGUUACAGCACUCCGCCGAGUGAGGAAAACGGACAACAACCGUAUUGCUAGAGCUACGGGUGCCACUAUCGUCAACCGCGUGGACGAUCUCCAGGAGUCCGAUGUUGGAACCGCAUGCGGUCUCUUCGAGAUUGAGAAGAUUGGUGACGAAUACUUCACCUUCCUCAGGAAGUGCCAGAACCCUAAGGCUUGCACAAUCCUCCUCCGUGGUCCCUCCAAGGACAUUAUCAACGAGAUCGAGCGCAAUCUGCAGGAUGCCAUGUCUGUUGCCCGGAACGUGAUCUUCCACCCUCGACUGUGCCCUGGCGGUGGUGCCAUUGAAAUGGCUGUCUCUGUCAGGCUUAGCCAAUUGGCCAAGUCUAUUGAAGGCGUCCAGCAGUGGCCUUACAAGGCUGUCGCCGACGCCAUGGAGGUUAUCCCACGUACACUUGCACAGAACGCUGGCGCUAGCCCGAUCCGUGUCCUCACUCGUCUGAGGGCCAAGCACGUCGAGGGCCACACCACAUGGGGUCUUGACGGUGACUCUGGCGCUUUAGUGGACAUGAAGGAAUACGGGGUCUGGGAGCCUGAAGCGGUCAAGCUUCAGAGUAUUAAGACUGCUGUUGAGUCCGCAUGUCUGCUGCUCCGUGUAGAUGAUAUUUGCAGCGGUAAGUCUGCACAGCAGGCCGCUGCUAACCCCAGCGGUGGGGAUGACUAG